CCCAACUUCUGGGAACCAGUCACAGACGACCGACUUCUCUGCGGCAUCCACUAGCCAUGGCUUCCAAGUACUCGAUGCUCUUGCUGGCCAUCAGCGCCUCCUGCCUCAUGGCCGCUGUUUCGGCGGUUGCGAUUGAGAAGAAGGUUGCCGCUGAAGGGUCCUGCAGCAAAACUUCGUUGGACAAUCUCGAAGCCACGAUCGAGCUCUGCGCUCGAAACGUGGAGGUCGAGCAGUUCGCUGAUCCUUCUUGGGAGUGUGCCCGCACCGUCUCCGGCUACCUGGAGGACGCCGACGAGUGCGACUGGAGCGUCGUUCCCGACUAUCUGGAAGACUGCCUGUCUGGCUUCGGCUUCGUCGACGAUGCCGACAUCAAGCCGGCUGUGAACUGCAUCAAGCUCGCCAUCAAGUCAGAAAUCUGCUGUUAGACAUAGAAGCAGCACAACGUGCCUUUUUACUGGCAGUCAUUAUGAAUGAAACAUUCUUGAAGUCA